AUGAAUAAUAAUUCACCUUGCUUUCCGUUAACACGAAACCUUCACCAACACCAACCUACCUUCUUUCAUCCAUUCCGUCCACAUUCCCAACAAAAGUUGGCAUACAAAGAAAGACUUGCAGCUGCUGGCGUUUCUGAAAGUUUGAAUAAAGUUAUUGGUAAACGAAAACCGGGCGAUGAAUCUGAUGAAUCUAUGAGUGAAAGUAAAACACCACCCAGUUCUCCCCAAAUUAAUAACCAUAUACACGAUAUGGAGGCAAUGGUAAAAAGAACAAAACUUGGUAACGAAAAGGAAUUCCCAUUAAGUAAAUUAUUAGGAACCCUUGACAAACCUCAGUUAUUGUCACUAAUAAAUAAUCUCAUCGAUUCUCAUCCUAAUUUACAAUCCGAAAUUGCUUCCCAUAUUCCUCGGCCAACCAUUCAAUCGGUUACGGCUAUUUUAAUAAGUAUGGAGAAAAAAUAUCAAGAAAGCUUUCCAUAUACGAAAUGGGGUCAUUCCAAAGAUGACUAUAGUUUCAAUAGAGUAAAACCUGGAAUUGUAGAAUUAAAAAAUAACUUGCAUAACGAACUCAAACGAGAUAUUUAUAUCAAAUUGGCUGAAUAUUGGAAAAAAGCUAUUACCAAUGUAUCUAAUAAAAUUAAUGAAGGAAAAAUGCACGGACGUUUGGUUGUUAACGAAUGGGCGAAAAAGUGA